AUGCCUUCGCGCACGCGACAAGCGCGGCAGCCUGCCCCAGAAGUUGUGGAGGAAGAACAGGCCGGCGGACUCCGUCGGCUUCGCUUCAAUGAGCCCAUCUCAUGGCGCGCGGGUAAGGCCAUCCUCGUCGCAGAUUUGCUCCGGAGGUUGGAAGUGCUGGCGGCCGAACUGCGCGAGCUUGACCAGGAGGAAACGGAUCGAGAUUCUUUGACGAAGGUCUCGCAGGAUCUAGCCAGUGGGCACCUGCUAGGGCACAGGGAUAAAGGAGUGCGGGCGUGGGCAGCAUGUUGCGUGGUGGAUAUAUUACGGCUUUGCGCGCCUGAUGCUCCCUUUACUGCGAAUCAACUAAAGGACAUUUUCACCAUGAUUAUCACUUCAAUAAUACCCGCCCUCGCGAAUCCUUCAAACGCGUAUAACGACCAACACGUUUAUGUUCUCUCGUCGUUAGCUGAAGUCAAAAGUAUUAUUUUAUUAACCGACCUUGAUGCACCUGAUACCUUGAUUCUUCCUCUUUUCUCAUCUUGCUUUGAUAUCGUUUCCGGGUCCUCAAAAGCUUCCUCUGGUGAGCCGUUGGCUAAGAAUGUUGAGUAUGAUAUGACAAGGCUUCUUGUGCCGGUAAUUGAUGAGGCAUCCAGCCUUGCGCCAGAGGUGAUAGACGUGAUCAUUGCACAAUUCCUCCGUGUAGACCCUCGACUAUUCGAUGGAUCGGGAGGCUCCAAGAGCAAGAAAGAUGCAGUUAUUGACACGAAACAGGCCACUUUAUGGAUGAAGGACUACCCUCCUGCGUAUAAUAUGGCCAAAGCAAUUUGCAGCGCAUGCUCGGAGAAGAUGACCAGCUAUGUUAGCCAAUAUUUCAAUAACGUGAUCAUCGAUGCGUCCGACGCGGCCGCAACCGGAAACCCGAAGCGACAGCGACAUGGAGACCCCGUCGAAUCUGAUGACGAAGGUGAAAACAUCAAAGAGUUGGACAAAGCGCACCGCUUAAUCCGAGAAUUAUGGCGGGCUUGCCCUGAUGUGUUGCAAAAUGUGAUACCCCAGCUGGAGGCGGAGCUCUCUGCUGAAUCUAUGGCCCUCCGAUUGCUUGCAACACAGACAAUCGGGGACAUGAUUUCUGGAAUUGGAGUAGCAGGCCCACCUCCAGCCGCAUCUAUGGACCCAGCCCUAUAUCCGCCCGUAUCAUUGUCUAACGAACGUGAAAUUUCAUCAUCACCCAAUACGCUCCAAACUCCCCUGUCACCCAAACCUUUUUCACAAGCGCAUUCAUCUGCGUAUGAAAGUUUUCUAACUAGACGACAUGAUAAAUCUGCCUCUGUUCGUGCAGCUUGGGCAACCGCUAUAGGUCGAAUUCUACUGACAACAGCUGGCGGCUCAGGUUUGAGCGGCGGCGACGAAAAAGAAUUAGUAGAAGGCCUAAGGAAAACCUUAAUAGAUGCUGAUGAGAAGGUUCGAAUCGCGGCUGUCAAGGUUUUGGGGACAUUUACCUUUUAUGAUGUUAUCAAAAAGCUCGGCAUUGAUGGCGGUCUCUCAGAACCAGACUCCCUCCUUUCCACGUUAGCAGAACGCGUGAAAGAUCGGAAACAUGCAGUGCGCCAGCAAUCUAUGCCGAUUUUAGGCACGAUGUGGGCCGUGGCCGCCGGUGAAAUCGAAGCAAAUAAUGAGGAGGUUGUCCUAGUUCUCAAGGAUGCGCCUUCGCGGAUCCUCGAAGCCUUUUACACGAACAGUGACGAAGUCCAUAUUCUCCUUGAUCAUAUUAUAUUCGAAGUUCUAUUACCCCUAACCUACCCACCAAUCAAGGCUAAACGCUCCAAAGCCGAGUCAAGCCAGUCACAAAAAACGAAAACCUUAGAUGAUGAACAAGGCGAUCCUGAUACGAUACGUGUACGUCGAAUAUUGACAUUAGCGAAAAAUCUGGAUGAAAAAUCAAAGCCUGUGUUCUUUGCCUUGCAAGAUCGGCAGUUGAAAAUGAGAACAUUUUUGACGUUCUACCUUCAGGCCUGUGAAGAUUACAAUGGAGGCGUUAUGGAUGAGAAUGAAGAAGAAAUAAAAGCACGACUCACAAAAGUUAUCGAUAUGCUAUCCAAAACUUUCCCGGAUUCCUCUUUGGUAUCCGCGGACUUAUGGAAAUUUGCAAAAAUGCACGAUCGCCGUGGCUAUCAACUCCUCAGAUUUGCCAUGGCUGCCGCGUCCGAUUACCGUACGGUUGCAAAAGCUAUCCGAGAACUUUCAGGCCGAAUUCAAUCCAGCACAUCGGCAACUUCAUCUAUGCUUAGUACAUUGCUCCCGCUGGUUUAUCGAAGUAGUGCUUUGAUUUUCAAUAAAAGUCAUGUCCCUGCCAUAAUGAAGCUGUCAAGGACAGACGAGUUUGGACUGGGCACUAUAGCGCAUGAAAUGCUGAGGGAGAUCUCAACACAUAACCCAGAGGUUCUUGAAGCACAUGUUCAAGAAAUGUGCAAAGAUCUAGAAACCCAAGCUCCCACCUCUAACCGCCCCGACGAGCCAGGCGCUGAAGAGAUCCUUAAGGCAUGCGCAGGUUUUGCCAAGAAACUUCCCAGCAAACUUCCAAAAGAACGGAAAUUUUUAGUGGCACUAUGCAACUACGCAUUGUAUAGCUCGUUUCCUCACGCCGCUAAAAAUGCAGUUACAAUACUCAUGGCAGCCUCUGAUAAGAAGCAAAUGCAUACCAGAGAUCUGAUCAGGAAAUGUAUUCAAAAGUGCUCAUAUGGAUCCGAACAUUUUCUAACUAAACUUGCGACUAUUUCCCAACUGAACCUCCUCGCUGCUCGGGAAGUCGACGAGGAAAGUGAUACCAUUCUUGAUAUAGCGACUAAGCAAAUAUUACUAACCAACCUUCACCCUCAACCGAACUCCGACUACGCUUGGUCUGAUACGUCAGACGAAGAAACUUCAGCAAAAGAAUGGGCUCUUCGAAUCCUAGUAAAUCGAGUUCGGUCGAAAGAGAUGACCGAAGAAAAUGAAAAUGAAUUUCGAGAAUACGCUUCUCCUGUAUUCACCGUUCUUAAUACUCUCAUUGUCAAUAAUGGUGAACUUUCCAGGCAGAAAGAUACGCCGCCGAAUCAGAAAUCGAGACUUCGUCUUCUCGCUGCAAAAUCGGUUCUUAAAUUGUGUGCCGCACGCCCCCUAUGUGACCAGUUGUUCAGCCCUAGCCAAUUCAAUCACAUUGCUCUGGUUGCAAUGGAUCCAGCAAUCCAAGUCAGAAUGGCCUUCAUAUCCCAGUUAAAAAAGAAACUUGUUCAGCAACCGCAACUCUCUUCUCGUUGGUACACUAUCACCUUCUUACUGGCAUUUGAGCCAAAUGCCAGCCUUCAUGACAGUACACUCACAUGGCUACGUUCACGCACUGCAUUCUACUCACGUCAAUCACAAAGCAUCAGCAAGUCCUCCGAUCAACAAACUCUAAUGGAAUCACUUUUUGCGCGCCUUCUCUCUCUACUUGCCCACCACCCUGACUAUCCGCCCGAGUCUAGUGAUUCCGAGACUAUCACUGGCGACCUCCUUGAAUUUACGCGUUAUAUCCUUUUUUAUCUCAGUGCUAUUGCGAAUGAGAAAAAUCUGUCCUUAAUAUUUCACAUUGCCCAGCGUGUCAAGCAAACUAAGGAUGCGAUAUCAGAUUCAGACAAUAUUGUAUCGUCGCGACUCCAUGUGCUAUCCGAUCUCUCGCAAGCAACCAUCCGCCAGUUUGCAGAAUUGUAUUCGCAACAGCACAAGAUUGGUGGGAGUAGUGGAAGUGGCGCUGCAAGUAUUUUACAGACAUACCCAGGCAAAAUGAGGCUGCCGAGCUCUUUAUUUGCAACGUUGAGCAGCCAUCAAGAAGCUCAUGAGAUUACCACGAAGAACUUCUUGCCGCCAGAAGUUGACGACAGGUUAGAAAAAGUAGUUCGAUCCUUUAUGAAACCGAAACCAAACAGGAAACGGAAAAUAGAAUUGACACACGACGAGAACGCCCGCGAUGAUAAACCUGAUUCGGUCAAGAAACAACGGAAAGGAAAAAGUAGUCGAUCCCUUCCAGUUCGGAAAAAAUCACUCCCUGGUUCAAGUGCGACUAAGCCUACAAGGAGGAAGAAAGGAGAUGAAGACAAUUGGACGAGCGACGAUGGCUCCAUAAAGAAAAAGGCUGGCGCCUCUUCUGAUGCUGCUCGUCGACGGAGUGGCCGCGGAUUAGCGAAAGCAGAAGUUAGUUAUGUUGAAGAAGAUAGUGACGAGGCAGAUUUGGAGAUGAAUCAAUGGGCUACGAACAAAGUAGAAAAAAAGGAAGCUGGUUUCAAGAAUCCCAAGCCCGCCGAAUCUGAUUCUGAUGAAGAAUUAUCAGAGCUAUCUUCUUUACCAGACGGUGACGACGAGAUAUCAGAACAUUCGGAGCCACAUGGUGAGAAUAGUGAUGACGAUGGCAUGGAUAAUCCAGCGGUGCCGCCUCGUAAAACUAGGAGAGCGUCAAGAUCCGAAGAAAAAUCGCCGCCUCCUGUCGCGAAAGCUACCCGAGGUCGGCCAGCGAAGUCAGGGACAAAAGUAACUAAAGAAAAGCCAGCGAGCAAAGCCGGGGGUGGCAGAUCGAGUCGUAAAAAGCGGUAG